AUGAGCGCCGACAUUCUUGCUGGUGGAAAGGCAACCCCGUCAAUGGGCGUGGAGACGAGGAACGACAACAAUGGCGAUCUUGUAACGGCUACUGAGGAGCAGAGCCUUCAGCGCGGUCUGCAUGAGAGGCAUCUUUCUAUGCUGGGUAUCGCUGGCGCUAUUGGGACAGGUCUCUUUCUUGGUCUUGGCCAGUCUGUGCAAACUGGUGGCCCUCUCGGUGCGUUGCUUGGAUAUGCAACUGUCGGUCUGGUUGUUUGCGCCGUUCAAUUCGCCUUGGGAGAAGUCGCUGCUUUGCUGCCGGUGACAGGAGCUUUUGUGCGACAUGCCGAAUUUCUUGUCGAUCCAGCUUGGGGUUUCGCAAUUGGAUGGAAUUUGGUUUACGGCAACAUUCUUUCGAUUCCCUCAGAGAUCACGGCCAUUUGUGUGUUGUUCGAGUUCUGGACCGACAUCAACCCGGCGCUAUGGAUUAUGAUCUUCAUCGUCCUGACCACAGUCGUCGGUCUCUGUUUCGUCCGGGUUUUUGGCGAAGUUGAGUUCUGGUUCGCUCUUCUCAAGAUCCUCUUGGUUGUGUUCCUCAUCAUCCUGGGCCUGGUCAUCAACUUGGGCGGCGUUCCUGGCACGGAGCGCAUUGGCUUCAGAUACUGGAAGGACCCAGGGCCGUUUGUCGAAUAUAUCGCUACGGGGAGCUGGGGCCAGUUCCUUGGAUAUUGGUCUGUUAUGACCAGCGCUGUCUUCUCCUUUGCCGGCGUGGAGUCUAUCGCUAUGGCCGCUGCCGAAACACGGAACCCUGCGCGUGCGAUCCCUAAGGCUUGCAAAAACGUUUUCAUUCGAAUUCUGGUCUUUUACAUCCUAGCCAUCCUUAUUGUCGGUAUGCUUGUCAGGAGUGACGACGAGAGACUCAACGAUCAGUCUGGAGCCGCAGGGCAAAGUCCCUUCGUCAUCGCAGCCUCGGCGGCCGGUAUCCCUGCGAUUCCCUCCGUUGUCAACGCCGUCGUCAUAACCUCCGCGUGGUCGGCUUCCAAUCAGAGUCUUCUAGCCGGUACCCGUGUUCUCUACGGUCUAGCCCUCAAGCGACAGGCACCUCAGGUCUUCCUCCGAACAACCGCAUGGGGUGUGCCUUACGUUUGUGUUCUCUUUUUCACAUGCUUCAUGUUCCUUAGCUUCAUGAGUCUCUCGAAUGGAGCUAUGACUGUUUUCUGGUGGCUAGUCGACCUGACUGCGGCGGGAGUGUUGAUUUCCUGGGCGUCAAUCUUGUUGAAUCACAUUCGUUUGCGCCUUGCGAUGAAAAAGCAAGGAAUCCCAAUCGAAAGCCUGCCCUGGCACAACUCUUGGACUUUCUACUCUUCUUGUGCCGGUUUGUUCAUGACUCUGCUCAUCCUACUCACGGGCGGUUUCCGCGUCUUCACCAGGGGUAACUGGGAUCCCGUUGGCUUUGUAUCAUCCUACUUGGAUAUCCCUCUUGUUACUGCAGCGUACUUGAUUUGGAAGUUUGUCAAGAAGACGAAGGUCGUGCCGUUAGCAGAGAUACCCCUUCAGGAUGCUUUCAGAAAGUCGGAGGAGGACCACGAAGUUUUGGCUGCUUAG